UUUCUCUCUUGCCUCCACCUACACUGCUUUCUUUCUUUUUCUUUUCUCCUUGUCCAGUUUCUGGUUUUUCACUCCCCAGAAGCAUCUCAUCUAUCUUUUUCCAAGGCAACUUCGAUAUAUUGCUUAAAACAAAUUAAUUUUUGAGUGCUUCAUUACCUUUCUUUUUCGUUUCCCUGCUUCUAGAGUUCAAUUAUGGCAGAAUCAUUUCUCUUCAAUAUUGCAGAAAGAGUUCUGGAGAAAAUAGCCCAUCUCGCUGUAGAAGAACUUCGUUUGGCGUUUAAUGUCAAAAGCGAUUUGAAAAAGCUCGAGGAGACCAUGAGCGGCAUUAAAGAUGUGCUUUUGGAUGCUGAGAGGCAGCAGCACCAGAAUAAAAAGUUGAGCCGUUGUUUGUGGAAGCUCAGAGACAUCUUUUAUGAUGCUGAAGAUGUGCUUGAUGAAUUCCACUGUGAAGCUCUACGGAAACAGGUCGUAAAUCAUCCAGGCAUCAGCAUAAGGGUACGAUUUUUGGCUUUAUGCUCUUUCCCACUUUUAUCCUCUUUAAAAGUGGGUCAUAAAAUCAGAGAGAUCCAUCAGAGGUUAGACGAACUUGACACUGAGUGGAAGAGCUUUAAUCUAGGACAGGGUGGCGAUAACCGACAUGUUAUUCUCAGGGAGACUCACUCUUCUGUGUAUUCUUCUGAUGUCAUUGGUAGAGAUGUGGAUAAAGAGAAAAUCGUCAACCGUUUGAUGGAACCAAGUAAGGCUGGAGACAUCCCUGUCAUUCCCAUUGUUGGAAUUGGGGGUCUAGGGAAAACCACACUCGCUCGACUCGUAUGCAAUGACGAUCGGGUUACUAGACUUUUCCCAUUGAAAAUAUGGGUCUGUGUUUCUGAGGAAUUUACCCUUGCUAGAUUGCUCAAGCUGAUUAUUCACUCCAUCAACAAACGAGAAAAAUGUGAUGAUUUACCAGUUGAGGCCUUGCAAACUUGUUUGCGAAGUCUUUUGACUGAUAAGAAGUUUUUGCUCGUUCUAGAUGACGUGUGGAAUGAAGAUCGUGGGAGAAGGAUUGAGUUAAGAGAUUUAUUGAAGUCAAUGGGUGACUUUGCUCAAAGUAAAAUCAUUGUGACUACUCGGAGUUUGAAGGUUGCCUCAAUAAUGAGUUCAGUUCACCCUUAUGAAUUGAAUGGUCUCCCUCAUGAAGAAUGUUUGACUUUGUUUGCAAAAUGGGCAUUUAGUGAUGGUGAUGAGAGGCGGCAUCCAAAUCUCAUGAGAAUCGGAGAAGAAAUUGUAAAAAAAUGCAAAGGGGUUCCUUUGGCAGUAAGAACAGUGGGGAGCUUGCUUUGUUCAGAAACUGAAGAAUCCGAAUGGAUCUCUGUUAGAGAUGAUGAAAUAUGGAGACUUCAGCAAGGUGAAGAUGGUAUUUUUCCAGUGUUGAAGUUGAGUUACAACCAUUUGCCAUCUCAUUUGCAACGAUGUUUUGCAUUUUUGUCCUUGUACCCAAAGGAUGAAAUCUAUGAUAGUGAUGAUGUCAUCCAAUUUUGGAUGGCAAAUGGACUGCUUGAGUAUUCAAAGCAAAAGCAAGAGUGGGAGGAUGUUGGGAGGCGAUAUUUGAAUGAGUUACUGUCAAGGUGCCUCAUUGAGAAGGUUGAGGAUUUCUUCUUUGCUUGUAGAUUUAAAAUGCAUGAUUUGAUCCAUGAUGUUGGAUUAGAGGUGUUACAAAAAGAGUGUAAAACAGUGAAUUACCAAACAGAAAGUGUUGACAAAAAAACUCGACAUUUAUCAUUUUGUGAGGACGGGCUGCUGGAACUUCCACAAAUUUUGAAGAAAUUAAAAAAUGUUCGAACGGCAAUUGCGCCAAAGGUUUCAAGGGAACCAAAUACUAUUGGUGACUCUUUUAUCAAUUUAUGUGUCUCAAAUUUCAAGCAUCUACGGGCACUUAAUUUAAGUGGUUCAUUAUUGAAGGCCUUACCAAAUUCCAUUGGUACCUUGAAGCACUUACGAUACCUCAACUUGAAAGGAUGUCGCCUAAUACGGGAACUUCCUAGUUCUUUCUAUGGGCUACGGAGCUUGCUAACGUUAAAAAUGACUGCUGUUCCUUUGAUGCAGUUGCCUGACAGCGUGCAAAGCUUGAUUGAGCUUAGACAUCUAGAAAUAACUAUUGAAGCUAAGCGUUUGAAAGAAAUUAGACCACGAUGUUGGAGUUCUCUUCAAUACUUAAAGUUGGCUAACUGUGAGAAGUUAAAAUGUUUGUUUGAAGGAAUGCAGUGCCUGACAUCACUUCGAACACUUUAUCUGCUUUAUUGUCAUAAACUUGUUUCAUUGCCACGAAGCCUGAAAUUCCUAACCAAAUUAGAAGAACUUUACAUUGUUCAUUGUCGUAAAAUCAAUUUACAAACGGAACCGGAAGAGGAAGAAGACAAAGACCUUCACUUGAGCCUUAAAACUUUCAGAGUAUGGGGGUUAGCUGCAUUGACAUAUUUGCCACGAUUGCUGUUCGAAGGAUCUUCUACCACCUUGCAGCAUAUAGAAAUUGAAUUCUGUUACAAGCUUGAGGUUCUACCAGCGUGGCUACAAAAUCUCACAUCACUUCAUAAACUUGAGAUCCGUCGUUGCCGAAGUUUGUUAUCUCUUCCGGAGGGAAUGGAUCGCCUCACUGAACUUAGACAACUAAAAAUUGAAAGAUGUCCGAUCUUGAGCGAAAGAUGCCGACGAGAUGGGGGUGCAGAUUGGCACAAAAUUGCACAUGUCCAAGAGGUUGAUAUCAUAGAUGAUUAGAGGUAUAUAAUUUGGAGCUAGCUUCCACACAGAAUAACAAGCAGCCAGCAGAUCUCAUGAUGGAUGAAUCAGCCAAAGCUUGCAGGCCAUGGAAAUUUUUACCCUGUUUGUUUGCAUUAGAUUUCAGGUUGUGGAUUGUAAUUCUAAAAUAUGUGUGAGCUUUUUACUUUGUUUUGCUUCAGAUUUCAAAGUCUUGCUUGAUGGUUAUAGAUUGGAAGUUUAAUUUGUAACAUUUGUUGAUGUACCUAAACUCGUUUGUUUGUUUUGUUGUUUGCAUAAUCUACUUUGGCUAUUUAUUCCAGUGUUCUGUUUGUCUACCACUCUCGUUGGAACCCUUGAGA